AUGGAGCGCGUGCCCGGAUCUCUUGGCGACGCGGGGUUUCACCGUGAGUCCCAAGAUGAUGCGCAUAGGCACCCUAAUCUCGAGGAGAAGCCUCUACCCCCUCCACAGAUCCUCCCGAGGACCCCCGCGGGUCGUGCUGCAAAGCAGGACCCGCCGGACGAGCGCCCAGCAGCGAGAGCUGCCGGAUCCUCGACCAAAAACCCCGCGCAGAACCAAGGAGCCACGUCUAAGAAGAAGACACGAGCAGCGCGGGAGAAACUAAGGGCUCCAGAUGCGGAGCCAGAAGAUCUAAUCAUGACCAAGGCAACAUGGACGCAGUCCAAGCUGGAGGUAGCCUAUCGGCGGAUCGUGCUGCAAGCCUUCCUACGGGACCACCCCGUGAUGCAGAUCCUGCAGCAACUGUUAACCGAAGGGCUCACUGGACCGGGGCAGGCCCCGUCCCUGACGAUGAACAAGCUGGAGGCCGCCACAGACCUGCUGCGCUUGGCGCAGGAAGCGGGUCUUGCCGUCUGCGCCUUCGCGGCGACGGAUCUCUUCAGCUUGGAGCUGGAUACGAUCCGGCUUGCAGCAGCCGCGCUGUUCAAUAAGCUGAAGCCAAUCGUCGGUGAGAAAGAAGCAGAGGAACAUACUCCGACGAACUGCGUGAAAGAGAGCCAACCUCCGACGCCGGGGUAUCAUACGGGAUCUUCUACCUAUGAGUCAGCCACGUCGGAGGUGGAAUCGAAUAGCUCAACCGAACCGAAGCGCAUGCCGCUGAUUCCAGCAGGCAUUGAGCUGCUACGGAAUCGAUCUGCAGCCAGACCAGCUCAGGUCCCGACACGCCCAACGACUCGGUCGCCCGAGGUAGACCCUCCGCACGAGUCGACGAGCGCAUUGGAGUGA